AUGCAAUUCAAAUCUCUUUUAAUCACCUUCGCUCUCGCUCUCUCUGCCUCUGCGGCAGCCAUCUCAGAUAUUGAAGCGAGAGGCAAGCCAGUCGCUGGAGGUGGAUCGCACGGAGGCAAGAGAGAGGCUGCACCAGAGCCAAAUAAGCCAGUCGCUGGAGGUGGAUCACAUAGAGGCAAGAGAUAG